AACCGUAACGUGAUUAUCAUGGCGACUCACAGUCGUGGGUUGCAUCGCCGGCAUAAAAUUUAACCCGCCAGCAGUUGAAAAGCAUGAACAUUUGCAGUGCUAUGGUAAGACAAUCUCAAAAUGAUCUGGAAGCAGAGGCUGCUGAAGUUCGUGCACCGAGCGGCCUUAUCUGUGCCGGUCACAAUCGCGUUCUUCGACUGUGUCGCUUAUGUUGCCAAGGUGGAAGGUGUCUCCAUGCAGCCUACUCUAAAUCCAGAUACCAAUCACCCAGACUUUGUUCUUCUGAACCGGUGGGUGUCACGAACCUGCAAGGUGAAGCGUGGUGACGUCAUUGCGAUUACAUCGCCGAGAGACCCAAGCCAAAAGCUGAUUAAAAGGAUUAUCGCUCUCGAAGGUGACGUAGUGAGAACACUGAGCUACAAGAAGCGUUUUGUCACUGUACCCGCGGGCCACUGCUGGAUUGAAGGGGACAAUUCGACCAAGAGUUUAGAUAGUAACACUUUUGGACCUAUCGCGUUGGGCUUGCUGGUCGCGUCGGCAACUUAUAUUGUGUGGCCGCCGUCGCGGUGGGGACAAUUAGAAUCUUUCGUGCCGGACACUAGGAAACCGGCUGCGAAGGUUCAACGAUAUUGGACUAUGGAUCCGAUAUUUCAAGAAAAUGAAUGAUGCCCUUAUCCCGAGCGAAUUUGUAGGUGCAGACUAGUGUCGUUCCUCUCCGAUAAAUUAUGCUCUAUGUCGAUUUUGAGAAGGCUGUGAUGAAUACAGAGAGAUACUGCUGCUG